UAAAAAAAAAAAAAAUAAUAAUAAGAAAAUGACGUUGGAUAACAUACCACCAGCGUAUGGGUAUUCUCCCGAAAGAAGCGAUUCACUUUUACAUCGUACACAUCAGGAAGACCAUGUACCUGUGUCCAUGGAAGAAAGUGGCUAUACCACAGGUCUGACAAAACACACCGAUACCUUUCGUAAACGUACCCAUCAUUUAAAAAGAGUCGACUUGGACGAGUACGAUAGUUCAGAUAUUGACUUGUUUGACCACAAGUCGUCUAAAUUCAGACAACGUAAAGACAUUCUCAAACGAGCAUCGCUUAAACGAGAUGCCUAUAUUGUCUUGGCCAUCACUCUGUGGGCUGCUUACAUUCGUCUCUACAAGAUUGCUCAACCUCCCUCUGUUGUCUUUGAUGAAGUGCACUUUGGAGGUUUCGCUACAAAAUAUAUAAAGACUCGUUUUUUUAUGGACGUGCAUCCACCCUUGGCGAAAAUGUUAAUUGCACUUGUAGGUAAAUUGGCUGGUUUAGAUGGAUUUGAUUUCAAGGAUAUUGGAAAGGAUUAUCUUGAGGAAAAUGUACCGUAUGUGAUUAUGCGUGUAUUUUGUGGUAUAACUGGAUUAUUAGUGGUACCGAUUGCAUAUCUGACAGUACGUGGUGCUGGUCAUUCAAUUGCUGCUGGUUUAGUAGCUGCUUUUAUGGUUUGCUAUGAAAACGGUUUAAUUGCUAAUAAUCGAUUGAUCUUGUUGGAUCCACCACUUUUGUUUUUUACCGCUGCCACUACGCUCAUGUGGGUCAAUUUCCACGGUCAAAAGCGCAAACCGUUCACAUUGUGGUGGUAUGUAUGGUUGGCCAUGACAGGUCUUGGAUUAGGUUUGACUGUCAGUUGUAAAUGGGUGGGUUUAUUCACAAUUGCAACGAUUGGCACGUCAACAUUGAAGGGACUCUGGGAACUUUGGGGGAACACGCGUGUUUCCUCUUCGGUCUUUUUAAGACAUUUUGGCGCCCGUGCCCUCUGCUUAAUUGUUUUACCCGUGGCCGUGUACCUCCUCAUGUUUAGGAUUCAUUUCCAUAUUUUACCUAACAGUGGCGAAGGAGAUGGAUUUAUGUCACCCGAGUUUCAACAAACGUUGGAUGGUCAUACCAGUAUCAAUACGCCUGUUGAUAUUGCGUUUGGUUCCAAAGUGUUUAUUCGACAUGUGGCAACGCGAGGUGGAUACCUUCAUUCUCAUCCUCAUAAUUAUCCCACUGGCAGUAAACAGCAACAGGUGACGUUGUAUCCUCAUCGUGAUGAUAAUAACUGGUGGACAAUUACUAAAGUCAAAGACGUGAAUACAACGGAUAUCGAGUAUAUUAAAGACGGUGAUAUUAUUACAUUUAAACAUGCCGAUACGAACAAACGUUUACAUUCACAUGAUAUCCGUCCUCCUAUGACAGACAUUGAAUAUCACAAUGAAGUGAGUACGUAUGGUUUUGAGGAUUUCUAUGGUGACGAAAAUGAUCAAUGGCGUGUAGAGAUUAUCAAGGGAGAAAAAUCCGAUCCUGAAUCCACCAAACGAUUGCGUACGAUUCAUACAAAGUUUCGCUUGAUUCAUGUCAUGACACAAUGUGCACUUUUCUCUCACUCUGUGAAAUUACCCGAAUGGGGUUUUGAGCAACAGGAGGUCACCUGCAUUAAUGGCGGUAAAAUUGCUAAAACUGUGUGGUAUAUCGAAUCCACCGAGAACAAUCUCUUAUCGCCUGAUGCGGAAAGAGUGACUUAUAACAAAUUGGGAUUCAUUAAGAAAUUUCUUGAAUUGAACAAGGUCAUGUGGGAUACCAACAGUGGAUUAACCUCAUCGCAUCCAUACGAUUCAAGACCAGAGUCUUGGCCACUCUUGCGUCGGGGUAUUAAUUUUUGGUCCAAGGAUAAGUUGCACCUUUAUUUACUGGGAAAUCCCUUGAUUUAUUGGGCUACUUUUACCUCCAUCUUGGUCUGCAUCAUUCUUAAAUCCGUCUUUAUUAUCUUGGACAAACGAGGCAUUCAAAAGGACUUUGGAGAUCUAAGGAAGUUCUAUGAUGAAUCAGCUGGUUUCUUCCUAGUUGGGUGGUUCCUUCAUUAUUUCCCAUUCUUUUUAAUGGGUAGACAAUUAUUCUUGCAUCAUUAUAUGCCAGCCUUAUAUUUCUCUAUCCUCUUGUUCAGUGUUGGAUUCGAUCUCUUGACCAUUCGUCUUGCUAAUCGUAAACGAUUGAUGGCAGCUGCUAUGCUGAUCUUUUCUGUCAUUUACGUCUAUCGUACAUUUAUUCCCAUCACCUAUGGUGAACCCUGGACACAAAAUCUUUGUGAAGAAGCCAAGUGGAGAUCCACUUGGGAUUUCGACUGCGCACAGUAUCACCAUGAUAUUGAGAGUUACAAAGUAAAGAAACCCUUAGUCAUUGAAGGAUUUAGCAAGGUAAAAGAUGCUGUGAGUUCAUUUAUGGGUAACCAUGAACAACAGGCUGAAGUCAUUGGUGGUGUAAAUAUUGUGUCGGAUGCUGCAGAUCUUCCACUUGUAGUGGAAGAAGCCAUGCUAAAUACUGAAGAAGAAGCCAUGACUGGAACACAAUAAACUUUUUUUUUUUUUUACUCUCUCUCUCGUACCACAUGCAAUAAAACAUCGAUCCCUUUUUUUUUUUAUAUUUUAUUUCCAUUGUGAGAAGAG